AACACAUUGAACUUUAGAUUUUUAUUCAGUACAUUAAAACGUACACGAAAAAGUAAAUGUUGUGCGCAACAUGUCAUCACUGACUGAUUUUUCUCCACAAGUCCAUUUGGUGGGAAAAUGCGCAUAUUAUUGAGAAUAUUCGCAUUAAAUUUGUCAACAAUUGGAUGGAAACCUAGCUACUGAGAUCUCUUCUUGCCAUGGUAGGCAAAAUAAUGGGCAACUGGUCAUUUUUCUACAUGACCCUAAGCAUGAUGGGAUGUUAAUUGCUUAAUUAACUCAGGAACCACACCUGUGUGGAAGCAUCUGCUUUUAAAAUACUUUGUGUCCCUCAUUUACUCAAGUGUUUCCUUUAUUUUGGCAGUUACCUGUAUUUCCCAUCCUACUUGUAUGAUUAGAAAAAGGCGUGUCUCAGUGCCACAAAUACAGCAUUAUAUCGCUCCUUCAGUCACAAUAAAGAACAAUUUUGUUCGGGCGAGUCAUCAAAGUACUUUCACGUAACGGGAGAUGGCGCUUUGGUUUUGGCCAGUAGCAUACGGGCCGGGUUUACCUGUGAAUAUGGACCAGUGUGACUGCAAACCGGACAGCGAUUGUACCUCAACUUCAGCCUACUGUGGAGAUGGUAGCACUGGUUUGUGGUUGGACUUCAACAGUGUUUUGACAGGAGCUCUCACUGUGGUGGGCUAUCUCCUCUACAGAUUCUCACAGGCCCUCCCAGCUCUGAUAAGAUGGCCCAUCCAUCUCUUCUGCACGCUCACUGGUCUGUCCUCACUGUGGGGUUGGGUGAGCCACCUGAUGGGAACUCUUCGUAGCUUACAGUACUUUCUGAAGUGUCUGUCUCGUAUUUGGAGGUUUAUAGUUGCUUCAUUCUCAAAACUCAGCGGGUUCACUGUUAUCAUUAAAAACAACUCUGGGGCUUCUAGUGACAGUCCCCCAGGCACAGAGCCCUCUCCCAGCCCUAUUCCCAGUGAGCCUGGGCUGAGGCUCAUCCUUAUGGGGCCUCCCGGUGGAGGCCGGACCUCCCUUGCAGACACCCUGGUUGGCUGCAGCCUCCCUCAAGUUGGGGGGUCCCUGGGGGCUGUGAUGGAGUGUACCAAGCGGAGGGCGGUGGUGGACAGGCGAGAGCUGAUCGUAAUAGACACCCCAGACCUCCUGGGUCCAUCUCUGGGCGACAGUAAGAGAGCCUUGGAGGCCCUCCGCAGCCUGCAGCUGGCCAGCCCAGGCCCCCAUGCCUUUCUACUGGUGCUCCGGAUCCCUGGAGAUGGGGUGGACCAGGACGCUGCUAGCGCCACCAGGGCCCUCCUAGAGCUGGUCGGGGAGAGUGCCACAGGCCACAUCCUCAUUGUCCUCACCCAUGCUGACUGUCUGGGCCCGGGCUCCACGCUAGCCCAGCUACUGGAGGAUGAUGCUGGAGGCCUCAGAACUGCUCUGUCUCUGUGUGGUCAGCGGGCUGAGCUUGUGGACAACAACCCAGACAGGCCGGUGGCGGAGAGGAGGGAGCUGGCCAGGGGGCUGCUGGAGAGGGUAGCAGAGAUGAGGGCACUGAGGGGACACUACACCCACGAGCUGCAGAAAAGGGAGGACAGUGUGAUGGAGGAACUGCUGAUGGACAUGGCCUCUGUGUUGGCACGGAAACUGGGACAGGAGUAUUGAGAGUAGAAGAGAAAUACUUCAUUUUGGGUUUAGGUGCAUUUUGUUGACUUUUUUUUGUCACUCUUGGAUUCUGGGUAUGUUAUUGUGUUUGGGGAAUUGAUCCUCAUUUCACUGACUGUAUGAAUUAUUGUUAAGUAUGUAAGACUUAGCAUGGGCUUGUUUUGUAAAAUGUCAAGAUCAUGUUCUUACGGUACUGCUGUUAUUGAACAGUAUUUAAUCAAUGUCAAUUUGCCUUCAUGUACCCUACUUUGUUUUCUUGCACACUCUUUCUUGUAUGUGUCUACUACAUUCCUCCCAUGGUUUCAUAAUUUUUUUGGAAGUAUUAAAAAGUUGCUUCCAAAUAAAUCCAUUGACUCGGA